AUGAUAAAGCGCACAUACAAGGAUGCCAUUAAUGCGCUGAAUUCUUUGCAGUCCAACUUCGCCACUAUAGAAGCUGCUCGGUUGACCGCUGGCGCCAAAAAUGCUGUUUUGAUUCCUGAGAUGAUCGAGUGGACAAGACGGAUUGGAUACAAGCCACAGGAUUUGAACAGGCUCAAUGUCAUUCACGUCACGGGAACCAAGGGCAAAGGAUCUACCUGUGCAUUUGCCACCAGCAUCUUGAACCAGUAUCGUUCUCCCGUUCAAGUUCCUGGUGCCAAGAUUACUAAGAUAGGUCUCUACACUUCACCCCAUCUUAAAAGUGUUCGUGAGCGGUUAAUAAUCAACGGAAAGCCCAUCAGCGAGGCUCUGUUCACUAAGUACUUUUUCGAUAUCUGGGACAGACUCAAUUCGACUUCUUCGGAUCUGGACAAGUUCCCUAAUAUGGGUCCAGGGGUGAAGCCAGCAUACUUCCGGUUUUUGACCCUGUUGUCUUUCCAUGCAUUCUCCAGUGAAAAUGUUGACACCGCCGUUUACGAGGUGGGAGUUGGUGGUGAGUAUGACUCCACCAACAUAUUUGAGAGUCCCACCGCUUGCGGAAUAACGUCUUUGGGAAUUGACCAUAUUGCGGUGUUGGGCAAUACUCUAGAACAGAUUGCGUGGAACAAAGCUGGAAUUUUCAAGCCAGGAGCAGCCUGUUUCAGUGUGGAGCAGCCUGAGGAGGCUCUGAAUGUGAUCAAGCAGCGUGCGGUCGAAAAGAAGGUGGCUAGCUUUGAAGUUGUGGAACAGCGUCCAGACUUGGCCGAGGUGAAGCUGGGAAUCAACGGUGAUUUCCAGCGCCAAAAUGCCUCGCUUGCUGUGCAGCUUGUCAAGGCACAUUUGGAGAAACUGGGCGUGGAAAUUGGAGCAUGUGACGUUCUCCCUGAGGAGUUUGUCACCGGGCUGGAACAGGCUUCCUGGCCUGGAAGAUGUCAGAUCAUCAAGGAUGACAAAAGAGAAGACCUCACCUGGUACAUCGACGGUUCACACACUACCGAGAGCAUUGCUAGUGGUACUGCGUGGUUUGCAAGUGUCACGAACGACACUAAUAGAAAAGUGUUGCUCUUCAACCAGCAGACUAGAAACGUUGAGAGUUUGUUAGAAGAGCUGCAUUUGCAAAUGCAAAAGUCUGGCAAGAAGUUUGACAACGUCAUUUUUAGCACAAACGUGACGUUCUCCGAUGGAAAGUACAGCGAUGACUUGGUUUCGAUCAACGUGUCACAGGAGAAAGUGGACACCAUGGAGAUGCAGAAGCAGAUGGCAGAUAUCUGGAACAAAUUCAGCAAGGAGUCCCGCAAACAUCUCUUCCACGAUAUUCAAACAAGCGUUAAUUUCAUCCGGACACUGGAAGGCCCGCUGGACGUGCUUGUGUGCGGAUCCCUCCAUCUUGUUGGUGGGUUCCUGUUGGUCCUGGAUAGCAGUAAAUAG